AUGGCAGCCGUAGCACAGAAGUUAACCCCUAUUCCGAACCUGGAACGAAUUUCAGAGCGUGUCAUACGAAUUCUAGGAUGUAACUCUAGACCAAUGACUCUACAAGGAACGAAUACAUAUCUUGUCGGUACGGGGUCAAAGCGAAUUUUGAUUGAUACAGGAGAUCCUGGAGUUCCCGAUUAUAUAAAAAAUCUGAAGAAAGCUUUGAAAGAUUUCCAGACUUCCAUUCAAGAGAUUGUUAUAACACAUCACCAUGUUGAUCAUGUUGGAGGUGUCCAGGACGUGUGUUGCAAUCUGUUACAAUCUUCAGAUCUGAAUGUUUCUAAAUUUUGUCGUCCCGAAGGAAAUAAAGAAUAUGAUAUUGGUUUCCCCUAUAACUUUGUGGAUGACAAUACAGUUUUUAAAACAGACGGUGCUACAUUGAGGGCAAUAUUUACACCUGGUCAUUCAGAUGAUCAUAUGGUUUUGUUCCUGGAGGAGGAAAAUGCUGUCUUCUCAGGCGAUACCAUCUUGGGGGAGACAACUGCUAUGUUUAAUGAUCUUCACACCUACAUGGCCUCACUGAACCGUAUACUUCAACUCAACCCCUCAGUGAUUUACCCUAGUCAUGGACCUGUCAUCCCCAACCCCACGGAAAAAGUCACAAACUACAUAAACCAUCGCCUCGCCCGAGAGCGACAGAUAGAGGAACAACUUGGAGAAGACCCAAAUACAUGGCUAACCUCCAGAGAACUGGUAGAAAGAAUAUAUGUGGGUCUUGCUGAUGGGUUAAAAAAUGCUGCCAACACAAAUGUUUGUCAACAUCUCCAAAAAUUAGUCAAGGAUGGAAAAGUUGAAUCUAUGGAAAAAGAUGGAACACAGUUGUGGAAGAAAAAAUGUCAAAGCAAUAUGUGACUUUCUUAACUGCGUGUACAGUGAAGAAAUAUAUUCUACAGUUUAAUCUGAAAUCAAAUGAAUGCUGUUUAAAUAAAUCAAUUAAUGAAGUCUGUGAUAUGUAGUGGUAUAACUUAUGUUAUUGUAAAGUUGGAACUUUGUAUUUAAAACAUUGUUAUCCAAGAAUAGCUUUAAACAUGCCAAGUUGUUAAACAGCAUUAACCAGAUCAUACAUGGAGUUAAGUCUGUGUCUCAUUGAAGAUCUGUUCUCAAAGUUCAAGGGUUCUUCCCUCAGUGUUAAGAGGGAAACACCUCCACCUCUGUUUUUACUGUAUCUUGAUUUGUAUAAACAGUUGCUAUUCACUUUUGUGUGUUUAUAUAGGUAUGUGUGUAGGUUGUAGGCGGUAGAUACUGCUAGUGGACUUUAAGAUGUUUCUUUUUACCAUCAAUGUUGGUACUUAUUAUAACUAUGUUUUUCUUUAGAAA